UAUCUGGUGCGGGUGCAGCCCGCCUUUUCCUUCAUAAAUAAAUAAAUUAAUUUGCUUUGGUCUCAACCUCUCUCUGCCUCUCUUUCUUCCAUUUGCUUCAAAAUCAAAUUCAAAAUCUCUCUGCGAUUUUCUCCAAAGGGAUCAGCAAUUAGGGAAGAGAAAUGGGGCUGACAUUCACGAAGCUUUUUAGCCGGCUUUUUGCGAAGAAGGAGAUGCGGAUUUUGAUGGUGGGUCUCGAUGCAGCCGGUAAGACUACCAUCUUGUACAAGCUCAAGCUUGGAGAAAUUGUUACCACCAUUCCAACCAUCGGAUUUAAUGUGGAGACUGUGGAAUAUAAGAACAUCAGUUUCACUGUGUGGGAUGUUGGUGGUCAGGACAAGAUUCGUCCGUUGUGGAGGCAUUACUUCCAGAAUACACAGGGUCUCAUCUUCGUGGUUGACAGCAACGACAGAGACCGUGUUGUUGAGGCUAGGGAUGAAUUGCAUAGAAUGUUGAAUGAGGAUGAGCUGCGAGAUGCAGUAUUGCUUGUAUUUGCAAACAAGCAGGAUCUUCCAAACGCAAUGAAUGCUGCUGAAAUAACUGAUAAGCUUGGUCUUAAUUCCCUUCGACAGCGUCACUGGUACAUCCAGAGCACCUGUGCAACAUCUGGUGAAGGGCUCUAUGAGGGUCUGGAUUGGCUUUCAAACAACAUAGCUAACAAGGCCUGAAGCCAUUAAGAAGUGGUAUUUGCAGUAUCAAAAAUUCUGGAUGCAGGGGUGAACAUUAUCUAGUCUUAUUUUCUUCAAUUAUUAUUAUGCCCUCAUUUUUCGACUGUGACAGCUGGAUUGUUGUUAUGCGUUUCUAUUUUUGGAGAUGACCAUAUUAGUUUGGAGUUUGGACCUUGUGGUUAUAUAUUGCAAACUAAAAAUUGGUUUGAUUGGAUGUAUAACUCUUUCUGUAACCAAAACUUAUUUGCAAUUGCAUGAAUUGCAUUUCUAUGAAACCCGGGAUUUGGGAAUCUUCUGUUGCA